AUGUUCGGAAUCGCCCGCCGGCCGUCGCACGCAAACAUCGAUAAAGAGAGAAAGAAAGAAAGGGUUCUCCGCCGCCGUGGAGUAGGAGGAGAGGCUGCAAACAAAAAUCUAGCAGUCCCGUUAUAAUUUUAGGCAUCAGUCGCAGGCGCGAGUGGUUGACAGUAAUGUGAGUCACCCCUUUUCUCCUAUCAGCCGGUGGAAAGAGGACAAGAGGCAAAAAGCCGAUGCAUAUAAUUUGGUGCAGAAGAAGAAGUACCGAAAAGCCACCCAGUUUUCAGCGGAGCCGCGAAAGACGCCGUUCUUGAUGCCAGGCAGUUAGCGUGACGCUCCGCAAAGGUGACACGCAAAACGUCCUGGACUUGAGGCGCCGGCGUCCAUUCGGCUGCAGAGAUGACUGUGACCUACACGGCCGAGGUAGCCACCUGCCGAGGCUUCGGCUGCUUCCUGAAGCUACUUUUCAGAUGGAGAGGAAGCAUAUACAAAUUAGUUUGGCCAGACUUGAUUGCUUUCCUCUUUGGUUACUUCAGCCUAAGUUUGACCUAUAGAUUCCUUCUUGACGCACCGCAGAGAAAACUAUUUGCGGACAUAGUGCAUUACUGCGACACAUACAGCGAUCUAAUUCCCUUGUCCUUUGUGCUCGGCUUCUAUGUAUCCAUAGUUAUGACUAGGUGGUGGAGCCAGUACCAGAAUAUCCCAUGGCCGGAUCCAAUCGCUGUGUUUGUCAGCGCUACUAUUCACGGCCAGGAUGAACGAGGUCGUCUGAUGCGCCGAACCAUUAUGCGCUAUGUUUGUUGCUGCCUGGCACUUGUCUUCACCAUGAUUAGCCCUAGAGUGAAGAAGCGGUUCCCAACGCUGGAUCACUUUGUAGAGGCAGGUUUGCUGAUGGAAAAUGAGAAGCUCAUCAUUGAAGAUCUGAACCAGAAAUUCCCACGGCACUCCAAACAUUGGCUUCCCAUUGUCUGGGCUGCCAGUAUUGUAACAAGAGCCCGCAAGGAGGGUAGAAUUCGAGAUGACUUUGCCGUUAAGACAAUUCUGGAUGAGCUCAACAAAUUUCGCGGUCAGUGCGGUCUCCUGCUGAGCUACGACACAAUCUCAGUGCCCCUUGUGUACACCCAAGUCGUGACCCUGGCUGUUUACUCUUUCUUCAUUACUGCAAUUGUUGGUCGGCAAUGGGUUGACGAAAGAGAACACCCCAACCAUGCUGGCAAGCACAAAGAUGCAGUUGACUCGUUUUUUCCAAUAUUCACCAUGCUGCAGUUCUUCUUCUACAUGGGGUGGUUGAAGGUGGCUGAAUCUCUGAUAAAUCCAUUUGGUGAGGACGACGAUGACUUUGAAGUCAAUUGGAUUGUAGAUCGCAAUCUCCAGGUGUCAUAUCUAAUUGUUGAUGAAAUGCACCACGAACAUCCUGAGCUGUUGAGAGAUCAGUAUUGGGACGAAGUGUUCCCAGCCGAAUUGCCUUACACCGUUGCUGCUGAGCAGUACCGUGAUAACAUACCUGAGGCCUCAACAGCCAAUAUUGAGAUAAAAGACUCUGACGCCCUUAUAUCUUCAAGUGUACCUCGCACAGAUGAAAAUUUCAUGAAUAGAUUGGCCAGUGGAGAGUCAAUCAGAACACCGAAGAGAGCCUUAAGUCGGCAAGCCUCAGCCAGGGAAAGACAGCUUUCCGGCAGGUCCAGUGCGAGUUCUAGCACCCUUAACGAAAGUAACCACGGAAGCCAGCCUGCAAUGUCCAUGCCCAGGGUUGCCUCUAUAACAAACGUUUUGCGCCGAAUGUUCUCCAGGGAUCGCGAGUCUAAUCUAGGUUCUUCCGUUGGAACAGAGUCUGGUAGCAGAGUGGACAUGUUCCAUAGCAAUCAGAGCCUCCACACAAGAGGAGGCACGGCUGGCACCACUGCCAUUACAGACCAAGUGAUCCCUGAGCUGGACGAGAUGCAGGCCACCGUCAUCUCGAUGCGCAAACCAGAGAGUCGACCUCACAUGCAGGACAUUUUUGCAAUCGCUGUACCAACCACUCCAAGUCCAACUCAUGAAACCUCAAAACCAAUCUUCAUCAUGGGCUCCAGUGCAACCCACUCUCCUCAAAGCACUUUACGUGAGGUGAGCAUAGAGAGUGGGUCGGACGAUGAGAAAACACAUCUGCGACCCCGGGACUUGAUGGAAGUUUCAGAGUCUGCGCCCUCUGAUAUCCACACAAUGCUUCUUGAGCCGACCUCAUCAAACAUCAAAAUUGUCAAAAGUAACGAUAGUAAAGAAGUGGUAUGACCCUGCACAUUUCCGACUGAGUCGGUGUAUGUCUAUUGAUUUGACAGUAAUGUGAUCAUUCCGAUUUAUUUGUCGCAACUGAGCACAAUAAUUUUGGUUGAGGAUUAUUAUUAAUUUGCUGAGCAGAUUGUGCUUUAUAUGAUUCUUAAGUUGUUUUACAGAAUUGAUUUUAAAUCAACGUUUGGGAGACAAAAUGUGAAACUAGGUAAUUGUGACUAUAAAAGAGCACUGAUCUUUAAUGUAAAUUUGGCGCUCUUGCCUUGGAUAAAGUAAUUUUGCGUCCUUUAAAAUGCACAUCUUAUUAAGUGAUGCUUGGUGCCUUUCUGUGAACGCUUCAACAAGAAUCUCUUUGUUAAAUGAUUAAUCUCUUAACAGAACAAUAAUACAGAUUUGUAUUUGAAUAAUUGCAGCUAACAAAUGUCACAAUUUUGAAGUGCCUGUUAAUUAAUGGUUGUGGAUGACUAUGUAAGUGGAGAACACCAUUUUAUGAUUUUAUUAAUGAAGCCAGUGAAAAUUCACAACUUUGAUUAAUUUCUUAAUUGUAUUGUCUUUGACUUGUUAUGAAAUAAAUUUUAUAAUCAUAUCUAAUUUUAUUAAUGUCUAUUAUGUUUGUACGCAAUGACUCAAAAACUUCUUCUGUACCUUUGAAAUUAAUUCAUAAUUAUGGUGAAAAUAAUGUAAGUUGUAACUUUUUAUCUUGUUCUAUGUCUUCACAGAUGUCAUUUAAUUUAUUUUUGGCAAUAGUAAAAUGUUCGGAGCUCAUUAUGUUCAUUUUUACAAAUUAUAAGAGAUAUAGAUGUCUAUAUAUUAAAAAAUAACAGAAGUUUACACAAAAUGUAACUAAUCAGAAAACUGCUGCCAAAUUAUUCAUUUUCAUGAAAAAAAAAAAAGAACGAGAAUUUGUCAGAAUUUUGUUUUUAAUAAAAAGGCCAAGGAUAAUAUAAUAG